AUGUCAAUAGAACUCGGAGAUGGUUUAGCCAACCAAACACUUGAUCGGGUGCUAGAAGACUUAUUAGUGCGAUUUGUGGUCAAUGUUCCCGAUGAAGAUCUUUCAUCAAUUGAACGUGUGUUUUUCCAAGUGGAGGAGGCCCAUUGGUUCUACUUGGACUUUGUUAGGCAGCUCAACCCAGAGUUACCUUCAAUGAAGAUGAAGACGUUUUCGGCAAGACUAUUGGAAAAAUGUCCCUUGUUGUGGAAAUGGGGCGAUCCUGCGGAUGCAUUGGCAAGGUUUGGAAGAUACAAAAGCACGAUACCCGUUAGAGGAGUAGCGCUUUUCAAUGAGGACUUGACCAAAGUGCUAUUGGUAAAAGGAACUGAGUCCAAUGCAUGGUCGUUUCCACGAGGAAAGAUCUCCAAGGAUGAAAGCGAUGUGGACUGUGCAGUGAGAGAGGUCAGAGAGGAGAUUGGAUUUGAUUGCAGACCUUUUAUCGACGAAAAUGAUUUUGUUGAACGUACAAUAAAGGGGAAAAACUACAAAAUAUUUUUUGUUAAAAACAUCCCGGAAUCUACCAAGUUUGAGCCCAUUGCUCGGUUUGAGAUUUCAGACAUUAAAUGGUUUGACAUAAAGUCUUUACCGAAAAAAGUCAAAAACAGUUCAAGUACAUAUUUCAUUGUUGGAACCAUGCUUAAGCCACUUUUGAAAUGGGUUAACAAGAGUCAAGGUCCAAAUGGAGGAGAACUGAUCUUACAAUUGGAGCAGAGACUCAAGAAGCUUAUGGGCUUGAAUAUAAGUACAAAUGCAGAUUCACAAGUGAACUCGAAUACAAAUGAACAAAAGCAAAAAUCGGUGGAGGUGCCUGAUGCAGGGCGAGAAUUGCUCAACAUUCUUCAAAGAGUAAACCCCAACGCCGGAAAGGAAGCAAAUGACUCAAGACUGGCUGAAGCGGCUAGCAAAGACAGCAUUAAUAUUCUACUACCUCCAUCAAUACAAACCCAAUUACCAAUGUUCACUGAGAUGCGAUACCAGCCCCAGUACCCAGGCCAGUCAUUCCAGAACCUGUACCAACCUCAGUACCAACACCAACACCAACAUCAAUUUCCACAACAACAGCAACAGCAAUUCUUUGAGCAAAAUAAACACCAACAAACUCCCACACACAAUGAAACCCAUUUGCUUCAGCAAGCUGUUGCACCUAACCCAGAUACUUUUAAAAAGCCGUAUGCCAAUCUGGGAGAGCUAUUAUCAAUUUUGAGAACCCAAUCUGAUAAAAAAGAGAGCAACAACAACAACAACAAUGGUAGCAGCAAUAACAACCAAAAUUCUUCAACAAGUGCAGCCAAUAUUCACUCCAAAGCGCAACAACUAUUAAGUGUUUUUCCCAAGAAAUCCAAAGCGCCAGAAAACUUUGUUACUGACCAAAUGCAACAAACAAACAAGAUCAAAAACGACCCUAUUUCCAUAUUUAAAGACAAAAAAAAUGCAAAGCCCAAUCAGAAUGCAUCGGCCGUUGCCGAUGAAAGCAUAAAAAGCCGCGUUUUUUCCGAUAAAAGUGGCAGACAAUCUGUAGACGGUCGCGAUUUGGAAGGAUCAAAUUACAAAACACUUAAUGGAAAAUCGAAUAUUUUGUCGCAACGUCAGUUGCCUUCUAAUGAGAUUGAAGAGUCUAUUCGCUCAUCAUAUAAAAGACAGCCACAGCCAGGAAAGAAAGUUAAGUUGCUUAAAAGAUCGGAUAAUCUAAAUUUGGCAUCUUUAUUUGAUAGUGCAAGACCGAAAUCUGCGAAUGCUACUGAUAGUGAAAACGAUACUGCACCAGCCACAGCCAAUGAAAGUGCAAAUGUAAGUACAAAUGUAAGUACAAAUGCAAGUGCAAGUGCAAGUGCAAGUGCAAGGACGAGUGAGAUAGCAACUGCUCCUGAGCAAUCAAUAUCACAAUCACAACCUUUGCUAUUAAAUCGCUCAGAAACGCCAGUUUCCAAAAAAUCAGAAGAGUGGCGAAAAGGAGAGUACAAUAGAGCUGCUAGUGCAGACCUCAUGAGUCUUUUAACAAAGAAAGCAACUGAUGAACCAAAACAAGAAGGAGUGUUUGCUCUGAAGGAGUAUGGACUCGGCGAUACAAGAGACAAUACAACACCACCAAUCCUUGUUUCCCCAACAAAGGAUUUUUUACGUUUGCUCCAGAAACCCUCACCCGCGCCAGAAGCGCAACAAACUAAUAAGGCGGUAGGCAGUGACUCGAUUUUACAAAGUCCAAAUGGUUCCCAAAAACACAAGGACAAUACACGUCAACUUGACGACGGGUCCUCUGCCAGUAAGUUGUUGAGUUUGCUUGGCAAGAAACCACUGAAUACAAAGAACAAUGACCAUGGUGGCAGAUUUGGUAAUAUUGGCCAAGUGACCACUCAGACCAAUGUUUGGGGCAAUACCAAUGCUCCCCAAGAGUCAAAUUUUCUUGAAAAGAGUAUGAAAUUGAAUCAACCAAUAACUAACGAAUUGGGCAAUAUUGGUGGUAUUGAUUUGAAAACUUCUGCUCGCACCGAUGCAACUGUCCCAAGCUUUGAAAAUUUCCAGGACUUUGAAGACUUUGAAGACUUUGAAGACUUUCAAAAUUUCCUGGUAAACGAUUACAUUUACGAUGAACCGGCUACAAUGAGGACGUACAGAAAUUUUGAUGUUGAAAGUGACGACGAGUAA